GAGAGGCCAGCCUAGCCGCCGCCCAGAGACGGCGCGCCCAACCUCGGAGGGGCGCUGGCUGCCUCUGAGAGUCCCGGGAGCCCCCCGACCGGGGCGCCCCGUCGAAUGAGCGGCUCGUCUCUCCUUGCGCCAGGCGAGGUUUACGCCGCCUUCUGCCUGACAGAGCCGUCGAGCGGGUCCGACGCCGCCUCCAUCCAGACGACGGCGGAGCUCAGUCCCUGCGAGCGCUAUUACACCCUCAAUGGGGGCAAGAUCUGGAUCAGCAACGGCGGCACCGCCGAGAUCUUCACGGUCUUCGCCAAGACGCGCGUCAAGGACGUGACGACGGGCGAGGAGAAGGACAAGAUCUCGGCCUUCAUCGUCGAGAGGGCCUUCAAGGGCGUCACCAGCGGCCCCCCGGAGCAGAAGAUGGGCAUCAAGUGCUCCAACACGGCCGAGGUGCACUUCGACGGCGUGCAGGUGCCGGCGGAGAACCUGCUGGGCGGCCGGGGGCGCGGCUUCCAGGUGGCCAUGCACAUCCUCAACAACGGGCGCUUCGGGAUGGCCUCGGCGCUGGCCGGCACCAUGCGCGGCGUCCUCCGCAAGGCGGUGGAGCACGCGGCCAACCGGCGGCAGUUCGGGAGCGCCCUGAGCAGCUUUGGCACCAUCCAGGAGAAGCUGGCGCGCAUGGCGAUGCUGCUCUACGUGACCGAGGCCAUGGCUUACGUGCUGAGUGCCAACAUGGACAUGAAGGUGCCCGACUACCGCCUGGAGGCCGCCAUCAGCAAGAUCUUCGCCUCGGAGGCAGCCUGGACAGUGACCGAUGAAGCCAUCCAGAUCCUGGGCGGGAUGGGCUACAUGAAGGAGACGGGAGUGGAGAAAGUCCUGCGAGACUUGAGGAUCUUCCGCAUCUUUGAGGGCACCAACGACAUCCUCCGCCUGUUUGUGGCGCUGGGGGGCAUGAAGCAUGCUGGAGAGGAGCUGCAGCGCCUGCAGAAGUCCCUCUCCAAUCCGGUGGGGAAGGUGGAAGCCCUCUGCAAGGAGAUUGUCAUGAGAGCCAAGCGGAAAGUUGGGCUUCCCAGUGGCCUCUCUCUGCAGGGCGAUGUUCACCCAGACCUGGAGGACUGCGCGACUCUGGUCACCAAGGCCAUUGAUCUGUUUGGUGAAACGGUUGAGAGUCUGCUGCUGAAAUACGGAGCUGCAGUGGCAGACCAGCAGUUCCACCUGAAGCGCGUGGCGGACUCUGCCAUCGACAUCUACGCCAUGGCUGUGGCUCUCUCCAGGGCCAGCCGCUCUCUUUUGCUGAAGCAGCCGGCAGCGCAGCACGAGGAGCUCUUGUGCCGGACGUGGUGCCAUGAGGCAAGGGGUGGGGUGGGAGGAGGACCCCCGUAGCCCCUUCCUCGGCCUGGGCUCAGCCAUGUCCUCCCUCUGGCCCCUCGCUCCCCUUGGCUCUGCCUUGGCCCCACGGAGGCUUCUCAGACCCAGACUUCCUCCCCCUGGCUGCCCCU